AUGUUUGGUAAAGUAUUGGCUUUUCACUCGAUAACUUACCGAAAGGUUAAAGAGCGUGCUGUUGAAAUUGCCAAGGCCAUAGAUGACGAAGAUGGGUUGAUAGGAGCAUUGAAUGCCUUUCAUAGGCACUUUCCUCACAGUAAAUCUGAGGAUAAACCCGAGUCAUUGCCUGCUAGAAGUGGCUUAUUUUCCAUCAGUAGGUGUUUUGGCUAUUCCCAUUUCAGUACACAUCCCACGGCCUCUCCUCCACAUUUGUAA